AUGCCGCCAUCACCAGAAAUAAUACCAGUGCAAGACACCGCACCACCAAUUAACCCAUCCAAAAAGACCACAGCACCCAAGACCAACCAGCCAACUCCAAACAACGCAGCAGAGCCCUACUCCGCCUUCCCGCAAUCCACCCGCACCUACCUAACCUACAUCCUCGGCAUAAUCCAACUAAUCUCCACCCUAACAACAACAAUCUACUUCCCGCUCAUCCCCACCCUCAGCACCCACUUCUCCGUCUCCAUCCAAGCCAUCAACUUAACCGUAACCGUUUACGCAAUCUGCCAAGCCAUAUCCCCGGGUAUAUUCGGUUCACUGGCAGAUUCCUAUGGCCGCCGACCCGUACUACUCGGUCUCGUUACUAUGUACACGCUAGCGAGUCUGGGUCUCGCGUUGAACAAGAACGAUUAUCCGGUGUUGAUUACGCUGCGAGCGUUUCAGAGUAUAGGUGGUUCGGCGACGAGUAGCGAUCAGGCGGUGUCCACUGUUACGGAGCGAAAUGCGAUGCCCAAGCCUUCCCAGACACUCUCGAGAAUCUUCGACUCGAUACGCAUGAUCCGUCAUCCGGACGCUGCCGUGAUUCUCUGGAUGGUCGCUUCGUCCUACGGAAUCUACUAUACCUUCCAAGUGGCCCAUUCCGUCAUCUUCAAAGACCUAUACAACUACAACGAGCUACAAAUCGGACUAAGCUUCCUACCUGCGCUGGCUGGCAUGACAAUCGGCGGGACGAUAGCCGGCAAACUCAUGGACAUAAACUACGCGCACCACGCGCGUCAAGCCGAGAUUGUCGACCCAGCGAACAUUCUGGACUUCCCAAUCGAACGCGCUCGAUUCAGGAAUAUGGUUCCAUUGAUUCUAAUCGAGACGGCACUGGUGAUAGGCUAUGGAUGGACGGUGCAACAACACACUCACCCUGCCGUCCCUCUUGUACUGGAAUUCUUCGUUUCCGCACUGGCUACGCUGCUGAGUCAUACUGCGAAUGCGCUGCUCGUGGAUGUGUUUCCUGAAGUACCGAGCACGGCGUACGCGUCGGGUCAGCUUGCGCGAGGGGCGUUUAGUGCUGCGUCUGCUGCUAUCAUUGAUCCUCUGGUGCGCGCUGUGGGUCGCGGGUGGUACUUUACCAUCUUCGCGGCGUUUACCGAGACGGGCUGUUUAACGUGUGUGACUUUGAGUCGGUGGGCUGGUAUGAAGUGGCGGCGGAAGAGGUAUUUGAGAGCGAGUCGCGAGUCUGGAGAGAGCGCGAGUAACCAGGGAGUUUGA